AUGCGUGGCCUUGAUCGAUGGAUUGCUGACGCAAUCAGAUCAGAACCAUUGGGUAAUAAUGGUCUAAUCCUCGGUGGAUUGUUUCUCGACGAAUCUGUUCCUUGUUCGUCUGUCUCUUUUGUUCACUUAAAGAAUUGCUCGAUCAAUUCGUGUCGCUUUGUCGGAAAGUCGAAUUUUUUGAAGUUUAGGAGACGAAAAGGGACAAGGGAACCUCUGUUUUUGUCGGUCAGUUUAUCGAUUAAGGAGAGUAGUAAUGGUGAGGAAGAAGAAGGUGAAGGGUAUAAUGGUCAAAACGGCUAUAAAUCUCUUCCGGUGAAAGAUUCAGUGUUGAUCGGUGGUGGUCAAGAAGCAAUGGAGAAGGUUACGGUUAAGGAAAAUGGAUCAGGAGCUCUCAACACCACCAAGCAUUUAUGGGCUGGAGCUUUUGCAGCCAUGGUUUCAAGAACUUGCAUUGCACCUCUUGAGCGGAUGAAGCUAGAAUACAUUGUACGCGGAGAGCAACGGAGUCUCCUUGGACUUGUUCAGAGGAUUGCUACAACUGAAGGGAUUAGAGGUUUUUGGAAAGGGAAUUUGGUUAAUAUUCUUCGGACCGCUCCUUUUAAGUCCAUCAACUUCUAUGCUUAUGAUACAUAUAGAGGCCAGCUUCUUAAAUUGUCCGGGAACAACGAAACUACUAAUUUCGAGAGGUUUGUCGCUGGUGCUGCUGCAGGAGUAACAGCUAGUUUGCUUUGUUUACCACUUGAUACCAUAAGAACGGUUCUGGUGGCACCCGGGGGAGAGACAUUAGGUGGUGUAGUUGGUGCAUUCCGUCACAUGAUUCAAACCGAAGGUUUCUUUUCGUUAUACAAAGGUCUUGUACCUUCACUUGUUAGUAUGGCUCCAUCGGGAGCUGUGUUCUACGGUGUGUAUGAUAUUUUAAAAUCAGCUUACCUUCAUACACCGGAAGGUAAGAAACGGCUUGAACACAUGAAACAAGAAGAGGAAGAGCUCAACGCUUUCGAUCAACUCGAGCUUGGUCCCAUGAGAACAUUGUUGUAUGGAGCAAUCGCAGGGGCUUGCUCAGAAGCGGCAACUUAUCCGUUUGAAGUUGUGAGAAGGCAUUUACAAAUGCAGUCACAUGCGAAGAAGUUAAGCACAGUGGCUACUUGUUUGAAGAUCAUUGACCAAGGAGGUGUCCCUGCUCUAUAUGCUGGCUUGAUUCCCAGCUUAUUGCAGGUUUUGCCUUCGGCAGCGAUUAGUUACUUUGUGUACGAGUUCAUGAAAGUUGUCUUGAAAGUAGAAUCAGCAUAA